CCUUGCAUUGCGACAUCCACUCCACGAUAUAGGCCCAAGUUCCACGAUUUCACACCCUUCCUUUCGGGAGUAUGCUAUCGCCGUGAACACAUCUGCGAAAAUGAUCUCUCUACGCCGCUAUGCAAUAUAUGCUGCUCUAGCGGUCUUCGCACUGAUAACUAUCACGCACUUCCGGCAGAAUAUCGCGUCUCAUGCGAGGAUACAAUACGCGGCCUUCUUUUCUUCGAACAAGAAGCAUGGCGAUGGGCUGUUCCACUGGGAAGACGUGAAAGUGCACUACCCCGUGGAGAGUUUGACCAGCCUUCCUACCGCAAGGCCGCGCAAGCUACCAAAGGUACAAUUCGACUUCGCCGCUGAAGCUCCAGGACAUGCCUCUGUACGACUGGAAAGACAAGCCGCUGUCAAGGCUACAUUUCAGCGAUGCUGGAAGGCCUACAGUAACUACGCUUGGAUGAUGGACGAGGUCACACCGCUCACUGGAAAUAUCAAGAACGGCUUUGGCGGAUGGGCUGCCACGCUCGUGGAUUCUCUCGACACGUUGUGGAUCAUGGGCAUGAAAGAUGAAUUCGAACAAGCGGUACAAGCAGCGGUAACGAUCGACCUGUCUAAGUGUACGGAAGAAACCAUUAACGUGUUUGAAACAACCAUUCGCCAUUUGGGGGGCUUCCUUUCGGCCUACGAUCUCAGUGGUGAUAAAAGACUAUUGGAGAAGGCUACCGAGUUUGGUGAAAUGUUGCUGAAGGCAUUCGAUACACCCAACCAUAUGCCAAUCACGCGUUGGAAACCCCAGUCGGCGUUAACGACUCCGCAGGUCGCGGACGAGGUUGUGUUAGUCGCUGAGAUCGGAUCACUCUCUAUGGAAUUCACCCAUCUCUCACAAGUGACAGGAGACAUGCGAUUCUACGACGCUGUAGACCGGAUUAUGCAGCUGUUCGCGAAACAGCAAGAAGAAACGCAUCUACCCGGCAUGUUUCCCGUCGUCGUCAAUGGCAGAGACGCGGACUUUACCCAGGACACGUACUUUACACUCAGUGCAAUGUCGGACUCGCUGUACGAGUAUUUCCCGAAAAUGCACGCUCUCCUUGGUGGGGUUGAGCCGAUAUAUCCCAAGCUAUACGAGCGAAGUAUGGAGACGGCCAUCAAGCAAAACCUGUGGAAGCCUAUGACUCCAGAUGAUUUGGAUAUCCUCAUGUCUGGCAACGUGAGAGCGGAGCUGGGCCAGCCACCCAAGCUGGAGCCACAAGGCCAGCACCUGGUAUGCUUCAGUGGUGGCAUGCUUGCACUCGGCGGACGACUUACUGGCCAGGAGGCCCACGUGAAGAUCGGGCAGAAGCUUACCGACGGGUGCAUCUAUGCCUACAGCGCAUGUCCCAUGGGAGUCAUGCCAGAAGUGUUCGAGAUGGUGCCUUGUCCUUCUCGCGUCGGAGCGUGUCCCUGGGACGAAGAGAAAUGGCGAAGCACGAUCGCGGCAUCUGGCAUUGCCGAUGCCCAGCACAGUAUCGACGAGCUUCGACUUCCCAAAGGCUUCACGAAGAUUACAGAUCGGCGAUAUAUUCUUCGUCCCGAAGCGAUCGAAUCGGUAUUCAUACUCUACCGGAUUACAGGCCAAGAGUACUUGCUGGAUCGCGCAUGGGAGAUGUUUGGCAGUAUCGUGAAUGCCACGGAGACGCAUAUCGCAAAUGCAGCGCUCGCAGAUGUCACGCAUGAUCCCGUCUGGCUGGCUAGUACGGGACACAACGUGAAAAUGGACAGUAUGGAAUCCUUCUGGCUGGCGGAAACCCUGAAGUACUUUUAUCUGAUCUUUAGCGAGCCUGAUGUUGUCUCCUUGGACAACUACGUCUUCAACACUGAAGCGCAUCCUUUCAAGCGACCUACUGUAGUAUAACGUUUUGCAAGUCCUCGAUGCAAUGCAAACAAGAGAAGAUACUGAGGGUUGGUUCUGGGACGCCCGCACUUCCUUGGGAUCGUCAGUCGGGUCUGCGCCGGUUGGACCUUUCAAAGGAAUCUGCAAGAGACUGACCUCACCAGUCCUCCGCACAUGCGACGCACAUGUAAGUAUAGACGGCUGAUGAUGGGGAAUUGGGGAUCCGGCUCUUGGACGAGAAUGCUCGUGCAAGGACGCGCCUCUGUGCAACAUCAAACGCGCGUCGCAGGCAGUGGAAGAAGACGCACGCGCGGGGCCCAGCAGUUUCAUCCCCGACAAGGCACUUGGGCAAAGAAGGGCCACCAAAAGAGUUCGAGCAGAUGAAGUCAGUGGUAUAAGGUU